CUUACCUGGCCCAAAUUUCUGUCCGUAUCCGCUACCGACUCGAAAAAAACUUGAACAUCUCGAAACUCACUGGCCAGCAAUGCUUGAACGAGCUGUUGUUCAUCUCCAAUGCUUUUAAGAUGCUACGGGAAUGAACAAGAAUGUUACAGUAUUUCAAGCCCUUCUCCAUCUGCUGAUCAAGUACGGCGCAAGACAUGUUUUGCCAGAUUUGAAAUUUGAACAGCUAUCUUCUAAAUCUCCGCGACUCUUCGAAGCACAAACAGUUUUGCCAAGCAACCCUGGUAACCACAAGUCUGAUAAAGAUGCGAUAACGUCAAUAUCUCUCUGGCAGUUUUACAAUGCGAUGCCAGUCCCUUGUGGCUGCUCUGAGCCUUGGGUUAGCAGCUCUAGCUCUCCAUGACCAACAAUUUCCCCUCGGCACUCCUGGGGAAGCUGACGUUCGACCCUUUGAUGUCGCCAACUUGAACAGUGACAAACCACAUUCAUCUAAUUUCAGUUCCAAGAACAAGCAAUGGAGGCUUGACGAGGGUCCCGCCGAGAACACAACAGGAAACUUGAUCUUUGACACUGUCCAUUCGCUCCUCCAACACUGGCCAAACACUCGAUAUCGUAAUGGACAUAACAUCGUCCCUGGAGUGAUUCCAACUGGUACUUUGCUCUACCAUGGCACCACCAGCAACACGAUACCCAAUGAGCCCGAAUGGAUCGCUAUGGACCCAGAGCAUUCUCUUGCUUUCACUCGUGGAAUGGAUGGGAAUGGCUGGCACCUCACGCUGGAAGCAACGCGACCUCUCAGGGUCUUGUACUUUGAUGGAAAUGGUGCUGCUAAGGUAUCCGAGGGUACAUUGGACACGCAGGAUAUAGUAGCUUGGGGGAAAGUGCAACCUGAGCGAUACAUGGAUGAAAUGUCACGGAUUAAAGAUCUCUGUAGAUGGGGAAAGGAGUUAAGAAUCGAUGGUUUUGCGAGGAUGGAAAUGGACUUUGAAAUUAUGUUAUGUGAUUUCACGGCCGGUGUCGAAGUAGUAUCUUUCCUACACGUCCGGGUCUAUGGGACAGAGGAACUCCACCGCAGUCCUUCCUCACCAACCACCGGUGUCCACGAUCGCAUAAUUGAAGCCAUGCACUCCGGCUCAUGGCACAAUCAUUACCCAGGAGAAUCUCGCAUUAAGCUCGACUUGACUGGUCUUGUUUCACUGUAUGAUGUCGCACUGGCACCUUCCCUCGUUCCGGUUCGUGCGGGCCUUGAACGGUGGGACCACCGGCUGCUCGGAAUUUCAUCAGAGGACAUAUCGAGGGUGAUGAGACAACUCACGGAAGUCAUUAAUCGACCAGACCCGGGAAGCGGUAUAGACUGGAAGGCUCUCAUCCAUGUCAUUGUUAAACGAUAUGCAGAUCGGCUGGAGUUUACGCAGCAUCUGCUCAAUUUCACCUCAUCAGACUCGCAAGAAUUCCUUCAGCGAGCAAGGCUCGUGCAGACCCAGAUCCGCGUCAUGCUUGCACCGUAUCUAUUAGGUGCUACCGUCAUCCCCAGCGCAGACAGUCCAGGCCUGCAUCCAUCACAGUGGGCAUUCUCUAUAUUCAGGCUAUGCGCCACAGCACACACUACCUUGAAGAUAAAUCAAGUACCCUUAAUGACGCCUUCGG